AUGAUCGCGAGAAUAUUCUUUUUCUAUAUCAUGUUGGCAGCAGCAACAAAACGCAGCAGACAAGAUGGUAAAAACCCGAAAAUGCCUGAUCAAGUAUCUAUGCAGGCCCAAAAUGAGUUUGCGAAAUCCCUAAUACCCAAAGACGUGCUAAAAAAUGUGGGAACUUACAGUUUGCUGCUUUCUUCAUCUACCACUGACCAUGCGCUCCUCUGGAAUGCGCUCAUCGAGUACUAUCUCAAGGUGACAUACACCGUUAAUCAGAUAAAUGGGAACAAUAAUGAUAUGAAGAAGAAAAUAUUGGAAUAUUGGUACAAAAAGAGUUUUGUAUCAAUUGAAGACUGUCUUGGUGAUUAUCUACCAUGUUAUAGACGACCAGGUGUCCAAUACCAAUGGAAUAGCAUAGCCAAAGCAUUGAUUACCCUUUCGAGUGCAGAUGAUAGAUCAGAUAAAGUGCGAAUCAAAACAGGAUUAUUAAGGCUCUCCAAACCCUCUAGUAAUUCGUUGAAGCAUGCAGAAAAGGUCUUUGAUGAGUUGAACGGGACGUAUAAACCAAAACAAAAAAAAGGAUCAAGUGCAUCCACGAAAAAUCAAACUGAGCUGAUAGCAGAACAAAAGUCAGAGAAGAUGACGACCCAGGUGUCCCUCUUAAUGAGUGUUAUGAGACUAAUAGAUAGGAUGACAUUAAAGGAUUAUGAAGCGCUUGAUGCCAGCCAACAAGAGUUAUUCAAGAAGCUGAUUGUUUUUGCCUACCAGGUGUAUGGAGAUAAUCAUAUAAAAGAAUUGGAUUGCAAUGAUCUGGUAUUUGAACCAAAAAGGGCUUUUGCUGGCAUUAACAGCACUAAGAUGGAAAAGAUGUUUGCAUAUUUGAGAAGUUACCAAGUUGAUGAACUGUUUGAAGGCUUGCCGAAAUACAAUGCCAAAGAUGUGCUGGUUAAGCUAAACAAGACUCUCGACAGAAGCGCAAGCAGUGGUUCAAAAUCUAAAGACGCUAACAUUAACGAUGGAAAGGUGAAAAACUGUGCUGACAAGAACGAAGCGAACAAGAGCGGUAAUAGUGGAUUUGGGUCCAUGUGGAAGUGGGGAUUGAUCAUUGCUGCAGUACUUCUAAUCUUAGCAACAGCUAGCUAUCUUAUUUAUUACCUUGUUAAAUCCAAAGAAUAA